GAAAUAGAAAACCUAAAAGAAUACGAGAUUCCUGAUUAUAAAAAUCACAAAAGAUUAAAAUCUGACUUUCCAAAUGAUCUUAAGCAAAAAUUAAAAGAAUGCCAUCAAAAAAGACUCGAUUUCUUGAAAUAUCUAAAUGAAAUAACGAAUGAACAAAAGAAAUUAAAAAAAAUUUGA